ACCUUCCCCAUUGGAGAAGGCAGCCAAAAGCAAACUCUUCGAGGUUGCGUUUCCCUUUCAAAAAACAAGCAGCAGCAAACACUUCAUUUCAAAACUUCAGAAUUCAUCGAUGGCCAUGGUCACGCGUCAGAGGCGUUCCCAACCGUCGGAUCCGUCGCCGUCAACGUACACGAAGCUGGACAAGGCGAACAAAUCGGACGGCGGAGGUGCUGAGGAUGAAAAAGGGUUAGGGUGGUUCCUCCCUUUUGUGGCUCUUGGAAUGCUGAGGUACAUGAGUGCCUCCUCCAACAUCAUCCAUGACUGUGACGAAGUCUUCAACUACUGGGAGCCCCUCCAUUUCCUUCUCUAUAAAACUGGCUUCCAAACUUGGGAAUACAGUUCACAGUUUGCUCUUCGAUCUUAUUUGUACCUUUUGUUUCAUGAGUUGGUGGGUCGACCUGCUUCUUGGUUAUUUGCUGAGGAAAAAGUGCGAGUAUUCGUUGCUGUAAGACUCUUUCUCGGUCUUCUUUCAGUUAUCACAGAAACUGUUCUUGUUGUAGCUCUUUCACAAAAGUAUGGAAAACGGCUUGCUUCGUAUGCGCUUGCAAUGCUGUGCUUAACCAGUGGCUGUUUCUUUGCUAGCACAAGUUUCUUGCCAAGUUCGUUUUCCAUGUAUGCGAUGUCUCUUGCAUCAGGUUUAUUUCUUCUUGACAAACCUGCAGCAUCAGUUGCUGUUGCUGCUACUGGCGUGAUACUCGGCUGGCCAUUCUCAAUCUUGGCUUUCCUUCCGGUCACACUUUAUUCAUUGUCUAGGAAAUUUAAUCGGGCAUUCAUUGCCGGGGCGGUUACAUCGAUUAUUCUUCUUGCAUUGUCAAUAGUUAUUGACUUUCACUAUUAUGGAAGAUGGACGUCAUCCGUUUUGAAUAUUUUAAUAUACAAUGUAGCUGGUGGUGGUGAAAGCCAUCUUUAUGGGACUGAAGGACCCCUUUAUUACCUGAGGAAUGGAUUUAACAAUUUCAACUUUUGUUUUCUUCUUGCUCUGCUAUUCUUGGGAAUUCUUCCCAUUGCAAGGAAGAAAUAUGCACCAGACCUGUUGAUUGUGGUAUCUCCUAUAUAUAUUUGGCUGGGGUUUAUGUCUUUGCAACCACAUAAAGAAGAAAGGUUUCUUUAUCCAAUAUAUCCGCUUAUUUGUGUUGCUGCUUCAGCUGUCAUUGAGAGCUUCCCUGAUCUUUUCCGUGACAAAUAUAAUCCACGUAGUGAUUCUAUACUGGUAAAGGCAGCCAAAAUUCUGAGGCCGGUUAUUCUUAGCCUUAUAUUAUGUGCCUCUCAUGCCCGUACAUUUUCUCUAAUUCAUGGCUACUCUGCUCCCAUGGAGGUUUACAAGAUUUUGGAGCACCAUGAUGAUGCAGGAACUGGUUCUGUGCUUUGUGUUGGAAGCGAAUGGCAUCGGUUCCCAUCAUCAUUUUUCAUUCCUAAUUAUGUGAGUGAAGUUCGAUGGAUUGAUGAUGGGUUCCGAGGUCUUCUUCCCUUCCCAUUUAAUUCUACACUAGGUGGAACUGCAUCGGCUCCGUCAUAUUUUAACAACAAGAAUAAGGCAUCAAAUGAGCAAUAUCUCCAUGAUAUUGAUGCAUGUACUUUCCUUGUUGAGCUUCAGCUUAAGAGACCUUACCUGACUCGUGGAAGUGACAUGUCAACUUGGGAGGCUAUUGCUGCAAUACCUUAUCUGGACAGGGAGCUUUCACCAUCUUUGUAUAGGUCCUUUUUCAUCCCUUACCUGUGGCAAGACAAAAACGUUUUUGGCAUGUAUAAGCUGCUUAAAAGAAUACCCAAAUGAUAUGCAGUGCUAAAUAGUCCUUGAAUAUCCGGAUUCAAUUUUGUAUUGACUUAUUGUAACAUCUAAAGAGAAAUCAUCUAGGAUAAGAUUAGAGCAAAGUGAAAAAGUGAGUUACCAGGAUAACCAUUUUUUGGUUGAGACUUUAAGUUUGUAGAAACAUAGAAUGUAGGUUGUCCCACUUUCUACAAUGAAUAUUGAAUUUAAGUUCUAACA